AUGGACCCCGAGCACGCCGUGACCAGGCUACCCGAGUUUGCCGCGGUUCCCCCGUUGGGCACGUCGGGUCAAGAUGCUGCAAACUCUGGAGAGACCAUAGAAGAGCGAUGCUUCCAUGCCGCUCUGAUAUGUCUAGAAGGCCAUUACGUUCAGGCCCCGGCCAUGGGGCUGCAGACUACGGCGAGGGUGAAUUCGUUGGUGGGCAAAGCGUUGGAGAAGACUCAUACGUGUCGAAAAUCUAGGGAAGCUUUGGCAAGGAAUGUGCCUAUAUGGAUUCUGCUCACCAAAAUCUUCGCCUCCGCCAUCCCCAGCCUGACCACUCGGUCAGUCGGCCCCUUGGCCAGCCUCAGCGACCCUGACAAGGGCGUCACGCCGCAGGAGAGCACGCAGUUCAUCGUCAAGAAUCAUGCGAGCAUAAAGGAGGAUUUGACCAUGCUGAUCAAACUGAUGCACAUUGCCCGAAACUUGCUCGUCAACGCCGACCCCCAAGUGCCUCAAGAUAUCUGCGGUGCGGUGCGGUUCGACCAAAUGGUGUACAAAACCAUUGUGCUGUGCGUCAAUGUCACGAGCAAGGGCUACGACGGGGAGAUCCUGGAUGACAGCCAGCGGCAGAAGCUGACCGACAUCACCGAACACUACAAGAAGCUACUGGUGACGUCCCUGCAGCAGGCGCACAACUGGACGGCGAAACACGACCGCAACAAGAUGGCCUUCUGGUUCCGCGUGCUGUUCGACGACGACAGCCCCUACGCCGAGUCCGACGAUGGUCUCAACGACGGCACGGGAUUCCGCCCAGAAGUGGCGCGCUCCCAGGUCCAGAACUGGCUGGAUCGAAACACAGAAAUGUGUGAAACGGCGUGGGACCUCCUGGGCAAUCACUUCCUCGAUGACAACGGCGAGCUCAAGUCCCCAGACACCAUGCCGGCCACACUGCGGCCCCCAACCAAGGCUCUCGCCAACGGUAGCCAGACAGAUGAGAAGUUCAGCCCCGUGUGGAAUCCGGAGGAAACCGACAGGUUGGAGCAGGAUCGCCAGUAUGGCAGAGUCUCAAGGGAAAUUGACACCUGGUGGCUCAAGGCUCGGGACAUGAACUACGAGCAAUACGUGAUACCCAUGACGAGCAUCGACGUGGCCAAGGCCCGCCUGGAGCACUGCAAGGAGAAUCUCGUCCACAGAUACGCCAACUCGUAUCAUGAAGACGAAUCGCCUGGCUCGGUGGUGGCUGAGGCCGACUACUCGGAUCAUGAGCCCCCCAUGAUGACGACAGCGAUCCGGACCACGACGAGCAUCAUCCUGACUGCGUACAUCACCACGGUCACCCUGAUCACCACCACAGUCAUGAUCACAACCACGACCACCACCAUCAUCAUCACCACCAUCACCACCAUCAUCCGCACCACCACCAUCAUCACCACCACCAAGAUGACCCAGACUACGCGACCGAAGAUCCCGAACAUUCUCGACCCAAAGCAAAUCGAGGCACUGCACAUGAUCGUCAAGUCAUGCAUACUAGACAAUGCAGGGUCGGGUCUCACGGAGGCGGGGGAGAAUCUGCAAAAGACCCGCUGCCGCAUGUUCCUGGCCCUGGACUGCGGUAAGAACCUGCUGCGCGAGCUGCUGGUGUUCAUCGCCGUGUGGGAGAAGGAUGAAGCCUCACUCAUCUUCCAGGUCACCACGCAAAUUGUCGAGGCCAUCCACCACAGCGCCCUGAUACCGUAUGCGUGGAACGUGCUCAAGAUCCCCAAGGACAUCAUCUCGCCCGGGCAGACGGUCCUGCUGCGCCUCAUCAACCACAUGUUCCGUGCGCGCGUCAACAGCCCUGCGGCGCAGGCGCCUAAGGACCCCGAGUCCAAGGACGUCAAGGUCGUGCAUUACCUGUUCAGCGUCUUCCGGGCCCGCCUGGUGCCCGAGUGCGCGGCGCUCAUGCAUCUGCAGGCGGAGAUUCGGCAGGGCAAAUGCGACGCUGGCGAGUUCCCCGUCGACAGCUGGGACAUGGACCGUGCCAAGGAUGGCCUGGCGCAGUACCUCGACUUCCUCACCACGGUGGCCGAGAUGCAGGAUACCCGAGAAGAACUCAUUGAGUGGGAUGCCGUCUACGACCUGCUGGUCAUCCUCAAGGGUCUCGAGGCGGCUGUGCCCAAGAAACCUCUGGUCGAGUUACCGAAGAAACAUGCUGCUGCUGCUGCUGCUGGGGGUGAUCCCAUGGUCGAGCGCCCCUACGCGCAGCCAGACGUUCGCUCUCCUUCGCCUCCACCGCCCCCCCUGCAGGAGGCCGCGCAUCAGUUCUCGUGGAAGGGUAUCAAAGGUCAGAUCUUCACCAUUCUGGCCACGCUGCUCCAGCCUCCCGUUGGUCUGAGCAGCCCGGGGAACCCCAAGGUGCAGCUACAGAUUGUCGACCGCGACGGCCUCGUCCCGCUGCUCAACUCGUGCGCGUACGACGACAACAACCCCUUUGCCAAGGAGCGGGUCACGCUCUGUCUAAAGUGGCUUCUCGAUGGCUGCGAAAAGGCCAACGCGUUCAUCCGAGAGCUGAACGGCAGCGCACCGCCUUCGAACCUGCGGCCCAGCCCCGGUGGCGCCGUCACGGGGACGCUCAGGGUCGACGGCAUCCUGGGCGACGUGCCCGUGCAGGUGCGCUCAAACCCACCCGCACCAGUCUUCGAGCCCGAGAGCAUGAGGCAAGCCAAUGAGCUCGUCAAGCGGACAGCAGGUCUCGACAUCAACAGGAGCAUCAAGACCCUGGAGGAAGACUUUAUGGCGUAG